AUAGACAUUGACAAUAUUAUCCAAUAACUUAACUUGGUCACUCUCUUUCUCUCUCCCAUAAUUUCGAAGCACUUUGCAUCGGUAAACAACGUCACAAUUAAUAAAAACAACGUAAUUAAUUCUUAAUAAUCAUAAUUUCAUGUGCUUCAAUCCAAUACAAAUCCUAUUUUCACUAGGUCAAGCCCACUCAUCACACUAUACUUCUAUAAUCGUUUCACCUUCUCAAAUCAUAUUUCACAUUAUUAUUAUAAAUAAAAAUCAUAUUUUUGUUUCUUUUUUUUUCUUUCUAUUCUUGUUCCCAAAUUUCCCAUUCUCAUCAUACCCUAUUCCAUAGUUCAAAUUAAGAUACGUGAAUAAUCGUGAUCAUGGGUUUCAAUUCUGUCUAUAAGUCCUUGCAGGAUAUAUUUCCACAGGUUGAUUCCAGGCUGUUGAGGGCUGUUGCUAUUGAACACCCAAAGGAUGCUGAUUUGGCUGCUGAAGUUGUUCUUACGGAAAUCAUCCCAUCGAUUGCCAAAAAGUUACUUCCUGUAACUCCUCCGCAUGAAACGAGCCCUAGAGUUCUAGUGAACUUGGAAGAUGAAAGUGAGGACGAAGGGGAGAGGUUGAUGCACCAUCCGCUUGUUAAAGGCACAUAUGUGGGAUCUUCUUCUUCUUCUUCUUCACCUUAUGUACCUGAAGAGAUCAAGGCUGAAGAUUUUUCUUCUGGACAAGUUCUGAAUGUUUCAGUAAAUUCGCCACUGGAUAAGAGACCGAUAGUGGUAAUAGACCUUGAAGAUGAAAGUGAAGAGGAAGCGAGGUUGGCGCAACAUCAACUUGUUGAAAAUACUGUCGCUGUCAUUGGGUCUUCAUCGUCAUCAUCACCAUCUUGUUCUACACCUGUACAGAUCAUAAAUUCUUCUGAUUCUUCGUCUGGACUGGAUCUGAAUGUGUCUCUUAAUGAGUUUGCACUGUCAAAUUUCACUGAUGUAAAUGACGGAACCCAUACAUUUCCUGGGAUAAACGGUGAAGGUUACCUAGAUAGAGGGAUCACAAAAGAAAUUUCUUGGGAUCAAUUACGACUUAAUAAUGAUGUCAACGGUGAAAAUUUGGCAUCUUUAGGUGUAUUUGAUGUGUCGAAUACCUGGCAGAAUUCUCUUACAGAGGAGUCUGCUUCCAUGAGUAAUGCUGGCAAUAGAAAUGCAAACGGUUUGAAUGAAGAUUGGGUAGAUUUUGUUCCUACAGCUGAAGAUUAUGAUGCCACUAUAUGCGAUACAAGUAACAGAUUGGAAAAAUGUGAAACUGCCUUUGUUGACUUAGAAGGCUCUGAAAUGCAAACAAUAUCUGAAGUUCAGGGGCAUCCACCAAAUGCUAAAGAUUAUCUUCAAACAGACUUCAAUGCUAGUCCUUCCACUGUUGUUGGGGAAACCAGUCAUGUUGAAGAUGAGAUUGAUAGCAAUAAGGCACCUGGCCAAUAUAAUCCAGCAUGCAGUAUUGACAUGCUUGAGGAGACCAUUGAUGAAGCAAAAACUAACAAGGCAACCUUGUUUUCUUCAAUGGAAUCUCUCAUCAGUUUGAUGAGAGAAGUGGAACUUCAGGAGAAAGCUGCAGAGCAGGCCAAUAUCGAAGUUGCUAGAGGAGGGUCUGAUAUUCUGGAUAGGGUAGAAGAGUAUAAAGCCAUGCUGGUGCACGCCAAAGAAGCAAAUGACAUGCAUGCUGGGGAAAUUUAUGGAGAAAAAGCAAUUCUAGCAACUGAACUAAAGGAACUUCAAUCUCGCUUGGCCAGCUUGUCUAAUGAAAGGGAUAACUCUCUUGCAAUUCUUGAUGAGAUGCGUCAAAGUCUUGAAUCUCGAUUAGCUGCAGCUGAAAUGUUGAGGAAAUCAGCAGAGCUUGAAAAGCUGGAAAAAGAGAGUUCAGCAAGAACGGCACUGCUUGAGCAAGAAGCAAUGAUGGAGAAGGUAGUACAGGAAGCACGUAGACUAAAGCAGGAUGCUGAAGAAAAUUCCAAGUUAAGGGAGUUCCUGAUGGACCGUGGGCAGGUCGUUGAUACAUUGCAAGGAGAAAUUUCUGUUAUUUGCCAGGAUAUUAGGCUUCUAAAAGAGAAAUUUGAUGCAAAUCUUCCUUUGAGUAAAUCAUUUACAUCAAGUCAGACCACUUGCAUCUUAGCUUCUUCAGGUUCCUCUAACAAAACGUCGGCAUCUAAUGCGGGUUCUGAUCAUAGUGAUUCAUCUGAAAUACUCAAGAUCACCCAGGCAGCCCCAAUUGUUUACGAAAGUGAGGAAGAGAAGUCUAAAGCUGAACAGAAUGCUCUUCUUGAUGAUGACUGGGAUAUUUUCGACAAAGAUGCAGAACUGGAUUCUGGAGCUUGCUAACUUUUUGAGAAAGAUAGAAAAUAAGUUUGUGCUACUGCUUUUCUUUUAAUAGAUUCAUGCUACUGUUAAACUUCAAAAUAAACCUUAGAAUGCCUUUGAUGUUAUUAAUUGACAGUGAGCUAGAUACAUGCUUUAAUGUUGCAUUAUAAAGCGGUAGUACAAGGGUAUAAUAGCAUAUAUGAUCAAACAACCUUAUUUUACUCCA